UUACUCAUUCACUCUUUUAGAAAACAACCUGUUCUCUCAUAGAAACACAUACUUCUGUAUCCCCUUAAUUUUCAGCAGGUUCUAAUUUGAGAGGGAGAAUUAUGUGCAUCGGCUCUUUAACUUAUGGCCCUCUCAGCUCUUCUUCUUCUUCUUCUUCGUCCUCACUUCGCCGUUCAUGGCCAUCAAGGAGACACCUUCGCUUAGGCCUCCUCAAAAGGAAACUGAACGAAGCGAAACAGAGGAAGUUGCAGAGAGAAGAGUUUGAGCUGAAGAACCUGAAACUGUACAUGGAGAAUCAGACCAUCAUAGAGGAGAAUGAGAAGCUAAGGAAGAAAGCUAUGCUUCUUCACAAAGAGAAUCAAGCCCUCUUUUCUCAGCUCCAAAAAAAGCUUUCUGAAAAAUCAUGGCAGCAGCAAAAACAGUCACCAGCUGAUACUGUUUAAGUUUUAUUUAUUAUAUUCCCAAUAGUAUGAAAAAUCAAGCGGUAUGUUGUUGUAGUUGAUAAGGAUCAACUUUCAUAUCUUUUUUAUUUUUUAUGAAUGAAAUUUAGAUGAGUUGAGUUUUAAAAACU